AUGACUUCCUUCGUGCCACAAGGCCUCUCACCGCAGUUUCAGAGUAUGGGACAGGAAUCUCAAGAGUACAGCCUGUACAAUGACAGCUUCUACAGUUCACCACCUCUGCCUAGCCCACAGCAGAGCAUACCCUCAGCUUACGACCUGGGGGACUUUGCUAGCCAGCCCUCCAACCCUUAUCUGUGGUUCAACAGCCCUGGGCUAAACUUUAGCCCUUAUCACGGUGGAGGCUCCAGGACUCCAGGAGAAACGUUUGGACUUCAACACUAUGACAUGCAGAGGCCGUACUUGAGCCCAGGGGGGAUGAUGGGCGCUGCAGGGGACCUGAGUUGGUUCUCUUUACCCUCUCAGGAAGACUUGAUGAAACUAGUCAGGCCUCCCUAUUCAUAUUCUGCUCUCAUCGCCAUGGCGAUCCACUCGGCUCCCAACCGCCGGCUCACGCUCAGCCAAAUCUACCAGUAUGUGGCGGAAAACUUCCCCUUCUACAACAAGAGCAAAGCGGGCUGGCAGAACUCCAUCAGGCACAAUCUGUCUCUCAAUGACUGUUUCAUGAAAGUCCCUCGGGAUGAUGAUGAUCCAGGCAAGGGCAACUACUGGACUCUUGAUCCGAACUGUGAGAAGAUGUUUGAUAACGGUAACUUCCGUCGCAAGAGGAAGAGGAAGUCUGACUCCUUGGCCGAAGAAGAGGAUUCCGCUGAGUCAAACCCAAAAAACCACAACAGCAGCGAGAGCACUGAAAGAGGACCUUCCUCAGCCUCCACAGAUCUGUCUCCCUGCCUUAACGGCUUUCUCUCCCAUAUGAGUGAGGUCACGCCGAAUUCAAUGACAGCCGGCACUGAUUGUCUACUCCGUUCACUGCCACUGGACUUGCCGGUGGAGGGUUCCCAGGCUGCUUCCCCAACCCAGGUCUUUGGCUCUUAUUCUCCCAGUGCCACGGUACCACAGUGGGAAGCCCAGAUUCUCCCACCCCCUCCUCCAUCCACUCUCUCCUCAUCCCCCUCUCACUACACGGGCAGCUACAGUGAUUCAACCGCUCCCAGCCAAUUCAACAGUCAUUUCUAUCAAGGUCAGGACUCCAGUCUGCUCUACCCACGGGAAGGCACAGAGGUGUAA